CACGCAAGCACGCUCGCUCGCUCGCUCGCACUCGAGAUACCCAACGUGACGUAUACCCUGGCGCCCGGUUAGCUAGCUUCAAGCUAGUUAGCUAGUUGUUGUAACUAUUUCGUUAACGGCGUACACCGGAGACAGUUAACGUUAGCUGUCGGUUUCGAUCAUGGAUGACGAAAGCCACCCCAGAACCCUGUAUGUGGGAAACCUCUCCAGGGAUGUCACGGAAAUUUUAAUACUGCAGCUCUUCACCCAGAUUGGUCCUUGCAAAAGUUGUAAGAUGAUCACGGAGCACACGAGCAAUGACCCCUAUUGCUUUGUGGAGUUCUUUGAACACAGAGACGCUGCUGGAGCCCUUGCAGCCAUGAAUGGGAGGAAGAUAUUAGGAAAGGAGGUCAAGGUAAACUGGGCCACCACUCCAAGUAGCCAGAAAAAAGACACAUCCAAUCACUUCCAUGUUUUUGUGGGAGAUUUGAGCCCUGAGAUCACCACUGAGGAUGUCAAAUCUGCAUUUGCACCUUUUGGGAAAAUCUCGGAUGCCCGUGUUGUGAAGGACAUGACGACAGGCAAAUCAAAGGGGUAUGGAUUUGUGUCCUUCUACAACAAACUGGAUGCAGAGAAUGCCAUUGUUAACAUGGGGGGACAGUGGCUUGGAGGACGUCAAAUCAGGACCAACUGGGCAACACGUAAACCACCAGCUCCAAAGAGUGUCCAGGAUAAUGGCUCAAAGCAGCUGAGGUUUGACGAUGUCAUGACUCAGUCCAGUCCACAGAACUGUACCGUGUACUGUGGAGGGAUCCAGACAGGACUAUCAGAGCACCUAAUGCGACAGACCUUCUCUCCUUUUGGUCAAAUAAUGGAAGUCAGAGUUUUCCCAGAGAAAGGAUACUCUUUUAUCAGGUUUUCCACACACGACAGUGCUGCCCAUGCCAUUGUUUCAGUCAAUGGUACAGCCAUCGAAGGACACUUAGUGAAGUGCUUCUGGGGCAAAGAAUCUCCUGACAUGGCAAAAAAUACACAACAGGUUGAGUACAGUCAAUGGGGGCAGUGGAACCAGGUUUAUGGGAAUCCACAGCAGCAGCAACAGCAACAGCAGCAGCAGCAGCAGCAGCAGCAGCAGUAUGGGCAAUAUGUGACCAAUGGUUGGCAAGUUCCCUCCUACAGCAUGUACGGCCAGACAUGGAACCAGCAAGGAUUUGGAGUAGAGCAGUCCCAGUCUCCAGCCUGGGUUGGAGGCUUUGGAUCUCAGUCAGCCCAGGCCGCAGCCCCACCUGGUUCAGUCAUGUCCAACCUGGCCAACUUCAGCAUGGCUGGCUACCAAACACAGUGAGCUGGCCCUAACCUAAGUGUAAUACCAAGGGGAUUUUUUAAAAAACCCUUUUAGACCACACAGCACUCUUAAAUCUGGACAGCUGCUGUGGUAGAGGAGAGACAGGGGCCAUAUUCACAAAGCCUUUGUAGCUGAUAGUUGCUCCUAAAAAAAACAAAUUAUGUAUUUAAAUGACAAUUUGUGUACAAUUCACUCAGAACUUUUUAAAAGUUCAUUUGAUGAUAAUUCCAUAGUUCUGUUAUGAAAAACGGCUCUUGGGCUUUUGAAGUAAAGCCAAACCAACUGUCUUUGUCUAAGUAAAUGUUAAAGGACACACCCACGUUUUGAAUGAUUGACUAGAUAAAAGCAUUACCCAGUGUGUGACAAAGAGGAUAUUCAGCGUUGGGAUGACGAGACAGAUACCAUUAGAUGCAUUUUAUCAAACGUUCAGUAAGUUGACCAAUGGGCCAAACAAUCAAAAGUCAGUACAGUCCUUCAAAAUUAAUUGUUACCCUCCCAUUGUCAAAAUUUGAGUAGAUAUAUAUCUGAAAAUCAUGAAAAAGCCACGUUAUUUUAGUGGAGCUAAAAGCACACCUACUACAAGCCAUUACAUUACUCCAGUUGCUCACUGGAACAUUACAAGGAUUAAAAUACUUGGAAACCUCAAGUUUUGUAACAUUAAUAUUGAAUUAUCAGACUAAAGCAAUAUCCGCUCUCAGUUUGCCAAUGUGUUUUUUAAAUGUUUCUGUGUUUGUUACAAACUUGACAAAAAGUUUAUUAGCUUGUCAUACUUUGGGGCAUUUUUCUGUUAUUUUAUACAACAAAAUACAAACUCCGCUCGAGUCUCAAUGAAUUGAUCAAGUUCAUUUUUGUGCUCCAGGUUAGUUUGUAGAAUGGUGAUGAUGUCAUCAGUGAUGACAGCUGUCAUUUUUGCUCACCAUGAAUUUGUGCUACAAACUUCACUGAACCACAAGAAUGAAUUGACCUGCUAAAAGUUGGUCUGGACUUAGCUUCAGCUCAUAGCUCGAAAUUCAGUACUUUUUGAUAUAUAUUAAUGAGAAAUGCUUUGUGAAUAGAGGCCCUGGAACGGUAGUUUACCUUUUCCAGUAUACGUGAAGAAACCAUUUGUACAACAACAAAUAUACAACUGUGGCUUUAAAGGACAUUUAAGCUGGACAUGGUAUCUUUUGGGUUCAUAUGUGUAAAAAGAAAAAAUACACCUACACAACUCUAAAAGCAAAAAAAAAAAAAAAAAAAAAUGUUUUUUUCAUGUUUUGUAUCGGAGUGAUCAGCGUGUUCUUUGCAGACUUUUGAUGGAUUUUAGUUUACACCUUAAUGUAGCCUAGACUGGACAAAUUUAUAAUUCUGUGUCUCAAAAUAAAGGCUGAAGCAUUUGCUCACUAUAUCAAGAGAGAGAUUUCCUGGAAAUACUAUAUUGAAUCUUAAAUAUUUUAAUCCUCUUGAUAACCUAUUAAUUUAUAGUCAUCUCUUUCUAAUGACUGUAAAAGUUUUUACAAAUAACUUUUGACUUAAAUUAGCACCAAAACCAGCCCCUUAUUAUAUUGCAUUAUGUUCUACGUCACUUGUGUAAAGACAAAUUUUCCAAUGUUCGAGGCUUUAGUUACUAUAAAUUGGGCUGGUUUUAUUCGAUGAAACAUUUCCUAAUUAUGUCAUGGAUUUGUCAGGGCAGCAGGCAACUUUCUGCCCCUUAGUGCAUUCUUAUUUUCUCAGUAGUUGUAAAAAUCACUGGCAAAUUGUGACAAGAGGAUUUCUAAAAGAUGUCCUGCCUUUUGGGUUUUCUUUGCAUAUGUGCCAUUCUGUACAGUAUAUUACACUCCUUGUAAUCUCACCCUCCCUUUUCCUGUCGUACUAGCCGACAAACUUGAUAAUGGUUUUGUUUGUUUAUUAGAGAUGGGGAUAUUUGUGUAACGAAACAGGGUCAUGUUGGCUGAGAGUGUAAAUAUAAACCUUGAUCACAAACCUUCAUGAAACUUUAGAAAUAAUGUACAUACUGUAGGUAGAAAUGCCAUCAUUAAUUCUCAGCAAUAUAAUUUAUGAAUAAGCCUUAAUUGAUGUGUCAGUAAAUUCAGAAUUUGUUUUAUUUACAGAGGCUCCAUUUCAAAUAUAAAUUCUCUUCCAUUGUAGAUUUUCCCAUUUUUAAGUUUGUGUGCCAUUUUCAGAACGUAGCAGGAAGCAGGUGAUGUUUCAGCGUUGACUGCACGUUUAUGACAUGUAAUACAUUUGUUGCUUCAGAUAUUGAAUGUAAUGGCAAUUUUGCUUUCAUGACAAUAAUACAAAUACAUUGAACAAAAAAGUGAUGUUUAAUAAUAAAGGAUUAAAUCAAUUUUCCAUUUAAACAGGAAAAACUCGAUAAGUGACUUCAAAUAAAGAAAGAUUUGAACCGA